CCGUCGAUUGGACGCGCAAGGAUACCGCCCACCUCGACCAAUGGCAGAGCACGAAGGGCACGAACCGCUGGAUUAUCGCGCCGCUAAUAGCUCUGCUUGAACUUUAAUGACCCCACCUCCCCUUCCACGUUAUCCUUAUAGGGAAGUCCGUCGUCUUGGCAACCACGAGUGGCGUUCUUUGUUGGGUGUCAUAGUUCAGAACCGGGGCCACGAGCAGUUGAGAUCUCGCCGCUCGGCGCGACGGGUCGCCAAAAUUACGGAUCAGCAGAGAGCGAGUCAACCACGUCGACGGAGCCGGGUCCGCUGUUUUUUUGUUGACGGACGGAUCGUCUGAGCGAAGAGUGUGGUUUUGUUGUGUUCUAGAGUUCUUCGAGUGGGUAGAUCGGAAAAGUGCCAAAAGGACUUAGUGCACUUUUUUCGUUUCACGGAUUGUUUUUUAUUAGAAAAAGUAUUCCUUGAAAUGGCCGUAAAGACUUAGUAUUUUUUUUUUUUUUUAGCAAGACUUUGAAAAGUGUAACUAAGAAGACACUAAAUUACAUAAAUUAAACAUUGUGACACUACUUUUUUCCGAAAUUAGACAAAUAAUGAAGAUGGUUGUCAGGACUCGAUAAACAGGACAGUUCUUGCAAUUUUCUUCCUUUAACUAUACGUAGUAUAUCUCCUUUACCUGUGUUAAAUUAUUGAAAAUAUAAAACAAUGGAGAAGUUUUUUGUGACUUGACAAUCUGGAUUAUUUUCCUAAGACCUUUCAUCAACUCAUAUUGCCGGGAAAUCACCAAAAGCAAUGCCGAAUUCUUUAAAGAGCUAGUAUCAUUUCGAGCUUGUUGAUUUCUCCUGGUGUUGUUUCAAGAAAACAAUCAAACUUACUAAUCUUAAACAGCAGCAAGCGCAUCAAUUCUUGAGAAUUGACAGCCUUUUGAUUGUUUGGUGCAUUCUUGAGUAUCUGCCUGUUGGUGCAGAAAAUCGAAAAAAAGAUUUAUUUGACUGGACUUGAAAUUUGAACUUUCUUGAGUCUUCGUGUGGUGUAAUCCAUUGCAUUAUUACCAAUGCUCUUUGGUUAGAUCUAGUUUCAGCACAACUCUUGAACUUUCGGUCGGGGUAGAGUUUUCCUUUCUUUUUUUCUCUGUGUUGUGUAAAGGGCGUGCCUCGUGGCCGGCCUCCCGAAAGGCCAAAAGCUGUUGAUCCCGGAGUGGACCGCGACCCCUGGACCGUCCCCAACGGUUCCGGGAGCCCUGCAGUUGGGGGCCUUCCAUCCCUUGCUGACCAAUCCUUGGAACGGACCGACCCAGGGCGGGUUCGAGCGUCGCCCGGGAACCACAACCACCGCUACCAGCCCACCGAUGUCCUUGGCCGUGACGCCCUGGCGUGACCCUACAACCACUGACCCUCCGGACAUAGCCCCACCCCCUCAGUCAGCCACCCCUUCUAGUUCGGACAAAAACAGUCAGGGUCAGCAGCAAAUUGAAUGUGUCGUCUGCGGUGACAAAUCCAGCGGGAAGCACUACGGCCAGUUCACAUGCGAGGGCUGCAAGUCCUUCUUCAAGAGGUCUGUCCGCAGGAACCUCACCUACACAUGCAGGGGCAACAGGAACUGCCCCAUCGACCAACACCACCGGAACCAGUGCCAGUACUGUCGGCUCAAGAAAUGCCUCAAGAUGGGGAUGAGACGAGAGGGUAGGUUUGGAGCUGUCCAGCGGGGGCGGGUCCCUCCCAGUCAGCAUGCCCUGCCCGGACAGAUCCCACUGACCAACGGCGACGCUCUGAACGGCCACUCCUACCUAUCCAGCUUCAUCUCUUUGUUGCUGCGGGCCGAACCUUAUCCGCCGUCCCGGUAUGCCCAGUGCAUGCAGCCCAGCAACAUCAUGGGCAUCGACAACAUCUGCGAGCUGGCCGCCCGACUGCUCUUCAGUGCUGUAGAAUGGGCCCGCAAUAUCCCUUUCUUUCCUGACCUUCAAGUAACCGACCAGGUGGCGCUGCUCAGGCUCGUCUGGAGCGAGUUAUUUGUGCUAAACGCUUCCCAGUGUUCCAUGCCUCUGCAUGUGGCGCCCCUGCUGGCCGCGGCCGGACUGCAUGCUAGCCCCAUGGCCGCUGACAGAGUGGUCGCAUUCAUGGACCACAUCCGAAUCUUCCAAGAGCAAGUAGAAAAGCUGAAAGCGCUACAUGUGGAUGCAGCUGAGUACAGCUGCCUCAAGGCCAUCGUCCUCUUCACCACCGAUGCCUGCGGUCUGUCGGAUGUGGCACAUAUCGAAAGCCUGCAGGAAAAGUCCCAGUGUGCUCUGGAAGAGUAUUGCCGGACACAGUACCCCAACCAACCUACUCGGUUUGGCAAGCUGCUACUCAGACUUCCCUCUCUGCGAACGGUCAGUUCGCAGGUCAUCGAGCAGCUCUUCUUCGUGAGAUUGGUCGGCAAGACCCCCAUUGAGACGCUCAUCCGGGACAUGCUGCUCAGCGGGAGUUCCUUCAACUGGCCCUAUAUGCCGCUCCAGUGACCCAUGGAUGGGGGACACCCCGAGCUCAUGCGUGUCCCCGACCAGAGAUGGCUUAUGUGCAUGGCAGCGGCCCUCAUGCCUGCCCACGCAGACCCCAAGAGGUAGCACAGGUGGGACGGUAUCAUUUCAUCCUCAUCUAGACAUGGAUAACUGAUUUUCGAAGAAAGAAUCAUCUAUUUCAAUUCUGAUACUUUUGUCUCAUUUGCACGUUUGUGGCGCCAUCUCUUGCUGAUCACUAAAACUAAAUGUAGAUUGUAACAGUUAAUGAUAAUCUAAUUUUCCAAGGUUGUGAUUGAGGAACUUAAAACAUAAUUAAAUUCUUCACUUUUAAUUUUACAGAAUUUUUGUAAUAAAUUUAUUAAAUUUAGUUUAGAUACAUCUCAGAAUUUAUGUGCCAAAUAAAGAUUCUGGUACAGUGACUUCUUAAAAUUUCAGUGAUCCUUUCUUCCAAUGUCAGUGUCCAUGUCCAAAAUCGACCCAUAUCGGAUUUACGCAUCUCUGAACUCUGAAAACAAACUGAGCCUGCAAAAUAAAGACUUUUACAAAUGAACUUCACAUCCCUGAAAUGUUCAGUAUUACAUGCAAUCAACUUUAUAUGUUUUAAUGAAAAAGGCAUGAUAUUCGUGUUGAAACUGUUGUGAAGUGAGGCUUCUUCAAAAGAACCAAAAUCAUGUUUUUGUCAUUUUUAUCUUGAUUUAGAAAUGUCGUUUGAAUUUCAUAGUAUUUCAUGUGAUUUACUUUUCACUAAAAAGUAUCAUAGUGAAAUUGCUCCAUUUUGUAGUACCAUUGCAAAAUAAGUAAAGAAUUAUAUGGUUUGUAACGCGCUAAGUGCAAUAAUUUCGCUGGCAUUUUAAGUCCGGAAACUUUGUGUUACAUUUUGAUAAUUGGAAGAAAUGAAUUCAAUAUAAAUUGUUUUAGUGAUUUUAAUAAAAUUUCUUGCAUAUGACUUCUGGUGCCAUGUAGCAUUGCAGAUUCAAAUAUUUUCGCACUAUGAUCGAUUUGCUUUGGAUUUAAAAAAAAUGAUUCAAAAUAGGAUAGUCAAAACUAUCGCAUCUAUUGACCGAAAAACAAUCAUAUUGUAUAAAGUGUUGAAGACAUUUUCCCCCUUUGUACAGCUCUUAACUGUUGUGUAUACGUAUCAAUGUUGAACUGAGGUCUGACUUCUUUUUUCGUGUCAAACUCUGUGAGAAAUCAGUUUUUCAACAUUCGUAUCUCAAGAACUGAAAAUUCCUUCAUACACUUUUAAUUCGUAUUUUUUUUUUUUUUUCUUGUACGAUGAUAAUUUUUUUCCCAAAAUUUUAAGAUGCAAUUUUAAGAAUUAUUUCAUGCAUAUUGCUUGAACGAUUAAGUAAUUUCAUACAUUGUCACUCAGAAGAUCUAAAGAAUAGACUACACAAUAAAAUGAUUUAAUUUUAUAAAUAACCUUUUUUUUUGUUUCAGAUAUUGUUUUUAGAAACUUUUAAAAAUUUUACAGACUUUCAUUUUCUCCCCUUUUAUUUUAAAAUCCGUUGUACACGUCCGAUUUGGUCAGAGAAAUUAUUGCUAUAUGAAUUUCAUUCAUAACAAUGGGAUAAAGGAUGCGUACAUCUCAUGAUCCCGCAGUGUCGGAUAAAUAAUUAAGACAUUUUUACUCAGUAUUUUUCCUGCAGACAAAAAAUGUACGCAUGGCAUAAAUCGGCCUGACUAAAAAAUACGGUACCAAUGCCAAACUAUAAUUUUUCACUGUCGAUAAAUCUACAAAUUUGAUUGAUAGCCCGACGAAAUUCUUUAGUUUUGAUGUUUGGCAAAUUUCUAAUGUUUGGCAUGAUCUGGUUAACGUUGCUGAAAAAUCUGUGUCAUAUUCUUUGGUUUUAUCCAUAAAUCGGACAUUUAAUACUGACCGCAUUUAAUUCCUCUGAUUAACUUUUAUUGAAACCUACUAUUGAACAUUCACUAGCUCUUUAGGUGGGAAUUACGGAACUUUAGGAAAAUAAAUCAUAAAAAUAGAAGAAAAAAAAAACAAUAGAAAAGUAAAAAGUUAUAUAUAAUUUAAUGAAACGUUUUAUAAUUAAAAUUUUUUGCUUCCGUUUUUGGAAAAGUGUGGAAGUAGUUCCUGGAAUGGUUUCGUGGUUCUUAAGUUGUUCCAUUUAAAUUUCAUUUGAGUGAAAAGUUUUUCUCUGACCAAAACAUGAAGAAAGGAUAAAACAGGAAUACGAAGCAUUAAAUGACGAUAAAUAAAAUCCAUAUGAUUAAUUACAUCAAAUCAAUUCAGAAAUUUCUUAAAAAUGUAUUGAACGAAAUGCCUCCGUUGGUUUCUUUAUUAAUAUUAAAAACAAACUAACAGUCAAUGCUCUCUUGAUUUUAAAUCUUUUUUUUUUUUGCAUUAAUUCAAGCAAUUCUUUAUUUACCUUUUUUAUUGUUUAUAUUAGCAUAUUGUUAUUUUUAAGCAUAGUGUAAUUACAUGUUUCCAAUCUCUAAAAGAAUUCGGCGACCCCCCCCCCCCCCUCUCCUCGUUCUUGAUGAUACGAAUGUUCCACACUCUUCACUCACAAAAAGAAACCGUUAUAAAUAAUGUACAUAAAGUUUUAAAAAAGAAUAUCUGUGUUUUCAGUAACUGUUAAUAAAAAAUAAAUCAGAUAAUGUUCUUGCAUCACCUCCUGUAUUAAUCAAUAUCUUUCUCAAUACCUCAGGACAAUAUGGAAAGCUUAUAUAUAUCUGUGUCAUAAGCAAUCUCGGAUCUUGUACUUUCGGAUUUGAGUUCGAUCGAAAAUCCGUUUGCAUGAACUCUACUUCCUUACUUUCAUAAAUGGUUAUUCUUCCAAACUUCAAAGUCUUAAGGGCAUAUUCGUUCAGUUGUAUUCAGUGGUAAUUAUAUAUUUUCGAGAUAAAUCAUUCAUUUUCUUUCCAAGUUCAGCGAAUAAAAAAUUAAGGAGUAAUUUAUACAUAAUGUGUUCAAUGUUCUGAGCUAUUCUGUUAAAUGAAGUCAGUUCAAGUGAUUGUUGAUCUGUUUCAGACCACCAGUUUUUAGUGUAAUCGAGCAGACGAUAAUUCAUUUUCAAAUUUUAUUUCAUCCAACUGUUUUUUCCGUUCUAUCGUAUUUUUAUACUGUUGCCAAUAUGGUAAAGUUAAAUUUGAUUAAAACGAAGAUAAUGUAUAGAGAUGCUAUAACAGACUCUCCUGACAAAUGUAAUUGCACUUAUCACCUAAUAUUAAAUUUAUCUUUAUAAAACGUACAUUAAUAUAAAAAAAUUAUAUGUUAGUUUUAGUUCGUUUGUACUAUCGGUAAGAAAUAUUGUACAAAAUUAUAAUGUCGUUAUUUUUGAUUUCCAUUAAAUUCCACGAUCUAAAAUUUUCUAAAGAAUUUCAUAUUUAUUUUCUAAUUACUUAAUUUAUAAAAGUUAAUAUAUCAAUGCAAAAAAAUUUAAAUCUAUUUUUAUUUUAGAUAUGUUAUUUGCAAAAAAAUUGAUUUAAAUAUAUUUUAAAUUUAUUUAUUGCUAAUGAUUUGUAUGUUUUUUCACAAUCGUGUGAUUUUUUAUUUUGGAGAGGGGGGGGAUUGAAAAUUUUUUUUUGAAUAGAAAUAUCAACUAAAUGUUAAAGAGGGAAUAUGAUAUUUCUGGUUAUCGAAAUCAUUACUAGCAUUUUUUAAUUUUGUAAAUGAUAUCCAUUUAAAUUUUGAUAUAACUAGUACUUAAUUUACGUGAUUUUAAUUAUAAACUUUUUAGAAUGAGGAAAGGUCUGGAAAUUGAAUUUUUAGCAUCCAUUUAGGCUUUGAAAGCCAGAAAAUUUUCAUCGAUUUUUUUCGUAAUUUUAAUAAUUUUGUCUAUUAUGAUGCAACACCACUUCUCCUCUUGCAAGAUAUGUAGUGGAUUCAAAAAUAAAGUUUCAACAGGGUAUUCAGUGUAUAUCACUUGGAACUUGAAUUGACUACAUUUAAAUAUAAUUUGAAUAUGGAUAUAUUUCUAUAUAAUUUUUUUAAAAUGAUAUGUUUCCUAUUACUGAAAUUGAUAUUUCUUUGUCUACUUUUAUUUUAUAUUCCAAAAAUUUUCAUUAAUUUUUUUCGCUAUGAUCCUCGAAUUUUUUUCACUUAAAAUAAGUGCUAAAAGAUUUUUUCUAUUUUAAAUAAAAAAUUGGAAUGAAUAAACUUUGCUAGUUAUGCAAUAAGUUAUUUAAAAUUAAUUUUAGAACGAUCUAUGAUUUACUGCUCAGCGUGAAGUUAGUGUUGAGUGGAGAUUUAUACAAAUGUGUUAGUAAAUUCAGACAGUUUUUCGAAAUUGUCUCGAAAAUAUAUAAAAGCCACUAUUCAGCUGUCAUCAUUUAAUCUCACCAUUAAAUAUGCAUAUUGUUGUUCUAUUCUACCAGGCUGUAUUGUGGUUUUAUUACCUAAUAUGUCUAUGUUCAUUGUUUUGUAAGUACGUGUAAAUAGCACCGUUGGAAAUCAUAUAUCUGAAAUCACUUUUCAGAUUUAAAAAAGAAAUUGUGUUUCAAGAACAAAAAUUUUAGUUUUGAGUACAAAUUAAAAUAGUGUAAUGAAUUUGUACAAGAAAAAAUUAAUAUAACUACAUUUGGAUAUAGUUAUGCUGCUGAUAACCAACUCCUAAUUGAGUGGUGCAUAAUUUAGCGCUCAAAUUAAUAAGACAGGUUGAAAGUGUAAAAAUAAGCUAGAAUCGCAUAGCAAUAUAUGGCUGCAAACGUUAACCGAAUGAGCUAGAGACACAUAAAAAGAAGAAACGAUAAGGUAAUAAUGGGCGAAGACUUUUUAUUGGACGAUGCUUAAUACUUCAGUGAUAUGUGCACGCAUUCUGUUUCACAAUAACUGCUCAAAGUUCACAGUUAUGCUCACUUUAUAAAAGUGACGUAUCGAUUUGCUAAACCUUUUGAAAUACUCGGCUUUUAAUGAAGAUUGUUGCGACGACAGCAUCUCCACGUCUUUAAACUAUAGAAUACUUUUUCUGAUGACUAGAGCCGAAUUCCAAUUAUAAUACUGCGAAUAGCGCCCUCUAGCUCAUGCAGUUGGCAUUACUCUAUUGUACCUAUGUGAUUUUAGCUUAUUUUUGCAUUUUUUCCUCUUACAAUUUGUGCGUUGAAUUUAAAUCACUUGUGUGCUAUAAAAAAAAAAAACCAAGAAUACAUUUUAGUAAAAUUAAUAUAAUUAAUAUUUUGUGCGAAAUAUCGAAGUUGGUUAAAUUUUGUACAGAAAAAUUACUUAUUUAGGUAUAUAAAUUGCGAUAUUGAAAUCCGUAAAAUGUUGGUUACUGUUAGCGUAACUACAUCCAAUUAAUAUUAACAGUGAAAGUUUUUCCUUUUUUAAAAACGAUGUAUAAUAAUUAUUUCCACUGCAUUUACGAUGUUUCUCUUUUUUUCUUUUUUUUCUUCUGGUCAUGUUAAAAUGAAAUAGUUUAAGUUCUUUAUUUUAAAUUGUUCGACGAAAUUUGCACAUACAUAUACAUGUUAUAUUUUAGUGAACAAAUGAAUGGCCAGAUGUUGCAUUUCAUGUCUUACGAUUUAAUUGCGAAUGAACAAAUAUUAAAAACCAUGGCCUGAAUAGGAAAUGACAGACAUUUUCAAAUGUUUAUAAAUAAUUUAUAAUUAUUUCGUUUCCUUUCUGAUUUUUUUAAAUAAAAAAUAAUUGUUUUUAUAUAUGAUUCAAAAUAAUCCUGUUUCUAUUUUAAUGAAAUGAGUUUUUAUCGAAAAUUCAAUGUUCUCAGUUUGUCUUUCAGUACUUUUUGAAGCAAGUGAAUUCUUACCGCAGGUGAUUUUUCUGAAUUCGUACUUAAUAUUUUUUAUUGUGUAAAGUAGUCGCUUUUUUUAUAUGUAUGUAAUCGAUCCAAGCCAAACUUUUUCGUUGCCAAUCUUGUGUUUUAUUUAUUGUUUUUAGAACAAAUCCAUUUUAUGUCUUCAGAAUACUUCUUCAUGAAUGCAGAAUAUAAACCUGGAAAUGGUUUAAAUACCAGCUUGUAAAUAAGACUUAAUAAAUGUAAACUGUUCUUUUUAUUC